CCUCUUCCGCGCCCCCCUCCAACCACCACGGAGUCCGAGCCUGCGGAUUUUUCCGGGGGGGAAGGGGGCCCCGCCUCCCUCGGGUGGAAAUCCGGGGUGGCUCCGGGGAGCUCUAGGUGGGACCCCCGUUUCCUUGACCCGCCCCCCGCUGCGCCCUCCUUGGCCCUCGCCCUCCAGCCCAGCCCCCGGUUUGGCUUCUGGUUCGGAUCGCACGUGCUUGGAUUCGGUUUUCGCCGCGCCUCGCCCCGGAUUCCGCCAUGGCCUUGGCGAAGAGGACGCGAUCCGGACCCGCCGCCCUUCUCUGCUGCCUCGGGGCGCUGUUCAGCCAGGCCCAAGCCAAGAUUCCUCCCACCAGCUCAGAGCCUCCGGAGACCUCCCUGCCUUCUACAGCUGCCAUCCUGCCAGUGAACUACCGGCUCUCCAACACCCGCCUGGCUUUCUUCCUGAAGGAGAUGCGGCCAGUGGCUGGUGGGAACAGCAGUGCUGGCUUGACCCGCUCAGAACCUUUUGUCGUGUUCCAGACCAAGGAACUGCCCGUCCUGAAUGUCUCCCUGGGGCCUUUCAGCUUGGGCCUGGCGUUGCCCAAAGAACUUCUGCAGCCGUCAAGCACCUUGGAGAUCCCCGAGCGCUUGACGGUUAACUGGAAAGUGCGGGCCUUCAUUGUCCGCACGCGGGUGCCCUCCAGUCAGCCCACGGCUCAGGUGCUGUUCUAUGUGGCCGGGCGUGACUGGGAUGACUUUGAUGUGACCGAGCGGCUGCCCUGUGUGCGGCUGCAUGCGUUCCGCGAAGCCCGUGAGCUCCGGGCCUCCUGCCGCCUGCGGGGCAACCUGGCCACUUGCCUUGCUCAAGCGGAGCUGCCUCAGGCCUGGUUUGGACCUUCUGCUGUUCCUCUGGGACGCAGGAAAGUAUCGGAUGGACUCGACUUGGCGGGGGAUGCCCAGCAGGUGGAGCUGUACUACACACUGCACGCACCAGAUGGGAUGGGGGACUGUGGGAGUGAGCAGGGGCCACGAAGGGGCGGUGGUGGGGCCAGGACCGAGGGCCCUACACAGCACCCGCUUCUGCGAAUCGGCAGCUUGAGGCUGGUCCAGCCACCGCCCACUCAGCCUUUACAGGAGCAGCGCCUGGACGACAACAUCUUCAUCCACCUUCCCGAGAAGCCUCUCAAGCCGGGAGAGGUGCUCAGCAUCGUCCUUUACCUGAUGGGCAAUUCCACGGUGGAGCAUUUCACACUCAGGGUGAAGGCUAAGAAAGGAGUCAACCUGCUCAACACGAGAACUAGAAACCCCCAGUGGCUGGUGAAUUCGGAGCUGCAAACUGGCAGCAAACACUCCACGGCAACGGUUGACGUGGCCUGGAUCGGAGGCACCUUGCCCAGGGAAGAGGAGGCCUCCUAUGAGAUCAUGCAGCUGGACUUUGAAAUGGAAAACUUUACUAGCCAGUCAGUGACGCGGCGAAUCAUGUGGCACAUAGAUUAUCGAGGCCGCAACCCACCACCUGACCUGGACAGGGCUGUGACGGAGUUGACGGUAAUCCAAAGAGACAUCCGCGCCAUCCUUCCUUUGGCGAUGGAUACGGAGAUCAUCAACACAGCCAUCCUGACGGGUCGAACGGUGGCCAUCCCAGUGAAGGUCAUCGCCAUCGAGAUGACUGGCGGCAUCAUGGAUGUUUCAGCCGAUGUGGAGUGCAAGUCUAGCAAUGAAGAUAUCAUCAAGGUGUCUAGCAGCUGUGACUACGUCUUUGUGAGUGGCAAGGAGUCCAGGGGUUCCAUGAACGCAGGGGUCUCCUUCAGCUACGAUCACCUCAGCGCCCUCCUGGAAAUGACCGUCUGGGUCCCCAAGCUUCCCCUUCACAUUGAGCUUUCUGACUCACGGCUCAGCCAAGUGAAGGGCUGGCGGGUUCCCAUCCUGCCUGACCGGAGGACAAUACGGGAGAGCGAUGAUGAUGAAGAGGAAGAAGAACGACGGCAGAGCCGGGGCUGCACCCUGCAGUACCAGCAUGCCACCCUGCAAGUGUUCACCCAGUUCCACACCACCUCCUCCGAGGGCACAGACCAGGUGGUCACUAUGCUCGGCCCCGAGUGGAUGGUAGAGGUCACAGACCUGGUGAGCGACUUCAUGAGGAUAGAAGAUCCCCGGGUGGCCCACAUCGUAGACAGCAACACACUAGCUGGCCGAGAGCCUGGUACCACCUUGUUCAAGGUAGCUUCACCACUCAUGGAAGCCGUCCUUGGAGAGACCCUUGUGACGGUAGCUGAUGAGAAAGUCACCAUCACUGAGUUGAAGGCCCAGGUGGUCUCUAACCUCUCCCUUUCGCUGCACCCCAGUCCCGGAAACAGUCAUACGAUCGUGGCCAAGACAACGGCUCAGCAGACGCUCAACUUCUCCAAGCAGGAGGCCUUGCUGAGUCUUUGGGUGUCGUACAGCGAUGGUACAACAGCCCCUCUCUCCUUGUAUGACCCAAAGGACUACACACUGGUUGUGAGCAGCCAGGACAAAUCUGUGGUGUCGGUGACACCAGAUCGGGCCUUCCCAGUAGUGGUGGCGGAAGGCGAGGGCUCCGGUGAGCUGGUGAAGGCUGAGCUGAUGAUUUGUGAGGGUUGCCAGAAAACCAAGCGCAAGAGCGUGCUGGCCACCACCUUGGCCAAUGUUCGUGUGCACUUCAACUCUGAGGAGGAACCCACGUAUGACUAUGAAAUUGUCCAAACUCCCAGCAAGCCCGGUCGCGAGAAGGGUGCUCCGGGGACCACGCCCAGGUUGGAAGGGGAUUGGCAUCUGGUGCCCAGUCAGGAGAGUCGGGCACCCAGCGCUGUUCUUCCCACUGAGGAGUUCCCAACCAUCCCUACGGGCUACGUACAGGUGACACGUGGCCUAACGGACCUGGAAAUAGGCAUGUACGCCCUUCUCGGUGUCUUCUGUUUAGCCAUCCUUGUCUUCCUCAUCAACUGUAUAGUUUUUGUACUUAAGUACCGGCACAAGCGGAUCCCACCGGAAGGACAGACCAAUAUGGACCAUUCACACCACUGGGUCUUCUUGGGCAAUGGACAGCCGUUGCGGGCCCAGAAUGACCUUUCCCCUCAGCCCGAGAGCCCGGGCAACCCGCUGGAGAAUGUCCAGACCUGUUGCCAUGGUGACCACCAUAGCAGCGGCUCUUCACAAACCAGUGUGCAGAGCCAGGUGCACGGGCGGGGGGACGGCUCCUCGGGGGGUUCCACCAGGGACCAAAGCGAGGACCCUCUCAACUCGCCCACCUCCAAGCGCAAGCGGGUCAAGUUCACCACUUUUGCCACCAUGCCUUCCGAGGAGCUGGCCUACAAUUCCAUCCCCAUAGCUGAUGAGGAGGACUUGGAGUGGGUCUGUCAAGACAUGGGCCUCCAAGACCCCGAGGAACUGCACAACUACAUCCAUAGGAUCAAGGAGAUCGCGUAAUGGGUCAGACUCGCCACUCACAUGCCAAGGGGAAGGGCACUCGUGUGGGAAUUUGGAUAGUUUGCAUUUCCCUCUGGCAUCCGUUGGGGCUCUCUUCUGGUUUUCCUUCAAACGGACAAACACAACCUCAGUCCUAGCUAUGUUCAGAGGGAGAUAGGAUUUGUCCCAUCAUAUGGGAUGACUUCCUGUGGUUUGGAGGGAGCCAUCUUCAGAGCGCAUAACUACGGGGUAUCAAUGGGACUUAGCCAAAGCUGGCCAGCUGGUGCUGGUGCGAGGUGUCCAUAGCCAAGGGUUUAAAAGGUGGGCUGGCAAUGCCCAGGUGGGGCAAGAGGAUGGGGCGGUCUAAGUCAAGGCAUUGGCUGGAACGUGGAAUAGCUCCUUGCAUCUGCUUUGGGGGAACUUCAGCCCCUGCCUUCUCAGCAUCCAACGCUGCCUUUGUCGGCCAUCUCCAAAAGGCAAACCUUUGAUUCUGCAGCUUUUGUUUUCUUGCACAAUAAACAUUGACUCUCGAAUAACGUUCAGGGAUUCUGCCCAGCCCGGUGGGACUCACAUAAACUGCUACUGCUGGGGCAAGGUGGGGUGGGGGUGGGGGCAGAAGGCUCCAGGUUGCAACAAGGAGGCUGCACCACACUGCCGCUAGCUGCCCUGGGGCCCCACAAAGAAGUUUUAACUGUUGCUACAUGGGGAAGGUGAAAGGGGGGGCAGGGGCAGUACUGCCCCCUGGUGGUUCCAAACAGCACCUGUCCCCUUUAGUGCCUGCACUGCCUUUCCCAUAAUCCUAGAUCCGGCACUCCCAAGACUGAGCUGAUCUGCCCAAUAACCAAUAUGGCUGCCCAGAUUUCAGAAGCGGAGGCCAGGGACCGCAAAGCCCCAUAGACCCCUGACCCAAAUUCUUGGGGACAUCAAGGCUCUCAUAAGUUGGAAGAGAUCAUCUCAUUUUUUAAAACAAGGUAUGACCUCCUUAACAAGGAGCAACCCAUUCCCUGACCAGUUUCUGUUGAUGGCUUGGUUGGCCAACCCAACCCACCUUGCACCAAUCAGUGGCAAUGCUGGCAGCUGUUUCUCACAGUUCCUGCUUAUCAGCGCUGCUAAUCCAUAGUGAGAUAUAACACACGUUUCUUAUAAAGAUUAAAAAACUGCCUGCCCCUCUUUUUUGCUUUGAGCCUUCCCCCCCCUCCCCUGUUUUUGGUUGAGCUGUCAAAGAAUAUGGGGAACAAAAUCCAGCUAAGAACAAGGAGCCGUGUGCUGGAAGGAGAUGGUGCUUGGGUCACGCGGACAUCACAGGGGCCCGGAGGGAGAUGGUGUAGAUGGCCACAAGGGGCACUGGGACCGAGGUGAUCUGAGACUAGUGGUGAAUCAGUGUACGAGGCGGCUUAAUUUUGCAUUUUGAUUUUUAAACACGAACAAACAGUCCAACCUUUGUCUGCAGGAUCCUAGUCUCCCCACCCCCCACAUCUCUUUUUAUGUUCCAACUCCGGUUUUUCUUUGAUCAGUUUAUUUGGUGGCCUGGAACGGAAGCAAGUGUUUGCACGGAUGGAUGAAAAUGAUUCCUUUGAUCCCACGACAGGUUACA